UUUACACCGUUGUGAUGAGGCACGUUGAGCUGCUUGACGGCGGCACUGGCGAAGAGCUCUUUCGUCUCGGUGUUCCAGACGACCGUAAGACUUGGUCAGCGUAUGCGCUGACACAUGACGAGUUCCACUCUACCGUUGUCGAAGUCCAUCGAUCGUACCUCGAAGCCGGGGCAACCUACAUCACGACUAACAACUACUCGGUGACCCCGGCGGCCCACUUUUCGCGUGAGGAUAUACAAAAGUACGUCAAACUUGCUGGUCGACUCGCACGCGAUGCCAUCAACUCAUCGCCAUGGACCCAUCCAAAGCACGUGUGUGGUUCUUUACCGCCCUUAGCUGAGAGUUAUCGCCACGACCUAGUCCUCCCCGCCGCCGAUGCUAUUCCCUUGUACACCAUCAUUGGCGAUGCUUUGUACCCGUACGUGGAUUUCUUCUUGGCGGAAACGAUGUCGUCGAUUGACGAAGCUCGCAUGGCGGUGGAAGGAGUCCAACAUCUCGGCAAACCAGUGUUCGUGUCAUUCACGUUGCGAAGCGACGGUGCACUUCGCAGCGGCGAAAGCGCAGUGGAUGCAUUGGCCACUUUGCAGGCGUUCACUACCCCAGAUAUUCGUGGCAUCCUUUUCAACUGCUCCGAACCUGAGGCCAUCACAAUUGCCCUUCGUUCCCUUCCACCCUGGUCGACUUCUUCGAAACAAUUGCGACGUGGAGCUUACGCGAAUGCGCUCACGCCCGUUCCUGAUGGAUGGGAAAUGGAUGGCGCAGCGCCACAGCCAUUUCGCACGGAUUUGUCUCCAAAGGAGUACUUGCGUCACGUUCAAGAAUGGGUUGAACUUGGAGCGACCCUCGUCGGCGGGUGUUGUGCAGUCGGUCCAAGUCAUAUUCAAGUGCUUCACGAAGCCUUUUGACCCCAGUGACGACGCCCCAAGAUAAGAUAUUUGAAUAUUUCAGGAUUUCUUGUUUUGACAUCAAUGAAAGAAAACGCUAAAUAUUUUGUCCUGAAUCGAUCAGGAAAGGCGCGAAAGCACUGCCGAUUAUAAAUUUC